AUUGUUGUAUUCGUUUCGUAUAACGUCCGGCAGAUGGCGCGGAACGAGAAUUCUUUUUAUUUUCUAAAUAUGCCGACAGAUGGCGACCGGGAGAAUUUAUUGUUUAGUUUUGGUUUGCGAAACGUUCCGGCAGAUGGUGUAGAGUCGUCCGCAUGCGCAGUGGGGCAUCGAGAGCAACCCGCGCAACAGAUACAACAAUGCGAGGAGACGUUAAAUCAUCUGAACGAGAUCAAUGCAGACGGUCCGGACGUGGACAAGUUGAGUCUACUGAGCGAGACGGAUAGCGGUGUUGUAUGCAACAGUCGACCCAACAGCUACGUGGGUACUCCCAACAUCCAAGGUUUACUCUUCCCACCUUUACAGAGCAACGCUCUUUCGUUAACUUGCCCCGUGUGCCACAAGAUCGUCUACUUCGACGAGAACGGUGCUCACAAUCUACCGAAGAACAGGGCAUUGCAGAACAUAGUCGACAAGUAUGGAGAGAGUAAAAAUUUAGCAGUUCACUGUCAGUUGUGCGAAGGUGAAGCCAAAGAUGCCACGGUCAUGUGUGAACAGUGCGAGGUUUUUUAUUGCGAAUCGUGUCGGGAGAGUUGUCACCCUACGCGUGGCCCCUUAGCCAAACAUUCUCUCUUAACUCCUCAAGAAGGAAAGGCGACUCUUCGUGCUAAGAAUAAGAGCAAAGAACCUAAAUGUGGCGAACAUGCCGACGAAGGUCUCAGCAUGUAUUGCAUGUUGUGCAAGACUCCGGUUUGUGUUCUAUGUUUACAAGACGGCAGGCACAUUAACCACGACGUGCAGGCUUUGGGUGCCAUGUGUAAGGCACAGAAGACGGAACUAUCUCAGAACCUUCAGACGUUAUCGGAAAAAGCGAAAGGAGCAACGGAAUUUAUUCAGCGACUGAAAUCCAUGGCUGAAAAAGUCACGGAGAACUGCACCGAUCUGGAAUCUUCCAUCGACUGUUACUGCGAACUGUUAAUAGAAGCGGUGCAAGUCAGGAAGCAACAGUUAAUCGAAUUCGCACGAAAGGAGCGGGAUCACAAAAUGAAGACGUUGAGAGAUCAGGUGACUAAUUACACGGGAAAACUACAACAGACAACGGGUCUCUUGCAGUUCUGCAUCGAAGCGCUUAAAGAGACGGAUCCGACGGUAUUUCUCCAAGUGGGUUCUUCGCUCAUUAACAGAGUCAGUAACAUGGACGUGGCGUGGCCCAAAGAGAUCGGAUCCACACCGUGGACGAGUCACGAAUUCGAUUUAACUUUAGAUCAUCACACGGUGUUGCAGGCGAUAGAGCAGAUGACUUUCGCACAAAUGAAACCACCGGGUGCACCAGUGAUCAUUCCAGAAGAGUGCACGUCCGAAAAUAACUGCAUCACCAUUGCUUGGCAACCUCAUUCGUCCAGUUUCGUAGAAGGUUUCGUACUAGAACUCAACGACGGACAGAACGGGUCUGGAAACUUUCGAGAAGUAUACUGCGGAAGAGAGACUAUUUGUACCGUCGAUGGACUACAUUUUAAUAGUAUUUACGACGCAAGAGUUAAAGCUUUUAACAGCACGGGCGAGGGACCUUACAGUGAAGUGAUAUCCUUGCAGACGGCCGAAGUGGCUUGGUUUACUUUGGAUCCAUCAUCGUGUAGACCAGAUAUUGUUUUAUCAAAUGAUAACCAGACUGUGACUUGUGAUAGUUACGAACAUCGUGUUAUAUUGGGUAAUAUUGGUUUUUCUCGUGGAGUCCAUUAUUGGGAAAUAACCGUGGAUCGAUACGACAAUAAUGCCGAUCCGGCAUUUGGAAUUGCAAGAUUUGAUGUUUCUAAAGACCAGAUGUUAGGUAAGGAUGAUAAGGGAUGGAGUAUGUACAUCGACCAUCAACGAUCCUGGUUUUUACAUGCCGAUCAUCACGAGAAUCGUACGGAUGGUGGCAUCGAAACCAGUUCCGUUAUCGGAAUUCUUCUAGAUUUAGAAAAUCAUCAGCUGAGCUUUUAUGUAAAUGACGAACGUCAAGGGCCGGUUGCAUUCACUAACUUACACGGAGUGGUAUUUCCUGCGAUCAGUUUAAAUCGUAACGUUCAAGUAACUAUCCAGACGGGCCUCGAUCCUCCUACAGAAAGCGAACCCGAAACAGAAGGCGAAGAAAAGGACCAAACUUAAAUUAUUCAUUCUGGGUAUAAAAGGUUAACUCUUAAGUGUCCUUCUAUGUCGAUACUGGGCAGAGUUUCCCUAUAAUUAUUACAAGGCAUAGCGGUUUCUCCAUAUAAUUGAAAUAUUAGUUCAAUUUUUCUUGUAGAAAACUGGUGUUUGGCCAUUUACUUGCAUGUGUGUAUUUCAUACAAACAUGAAAACACAUGCAUUACAGUGUAUUGAUAUUUAGGUGGUUGUGGUUUAAAAAUAGGAUAAAAUUUAUUUCUUCUACAUUAAAUUGCAGCAGGAUGUAGACUAUGUACCUAAUUUAGAUUGUAUUUAUUCUUGGCAUAGUCUUGGAAUUUUAAUCAUACCAGAUAUACUGUACUUAUUUACUUCCAUAUUAACGAAGUACAAUAUAAUAAGAGAGACAUCGAAGCCAGCUGGUUUCUGGCACAUCAUUUAAUUUCAAUCGGGACGAGAACGUAUCAUUUAAAUGCAAAAUUCCGAUCGUAAAUUAAUUAUUUACUUUUAAAAAUCCAGCAGAUCUAGUCUGUCUGCCCAAAUGACAUAUCAUCUCUCAUUUUAAAAAGUGUCUUAGUAAUGAUAUAUCAAUAAUCUGUCCUUAUUUUCAUAUUUAAAAAAGAAGAAAACAAAAAGGGAAAAUGUGAAAAAUUGAAGUUUAGUAAUUUUUCAAAAAUAUCUGACAAGUCCAUUUUUUAUAUGUUUUUAUCUUAAACAAUUUUUGAAUGUGAUCUUUGCAGUAUCUUCAAUACAUCUACUAGUGUAAUAAAUGUUUGCAUUUAAUCAUCGAUUUUUAACUAUUAUCCUAUAAUGUUAACCAUGGUGCUUUAUUCGGGUGCUGGCAAUUAGCCAAAAUAAUACCUGCCAGUAUUUGAUACAUUAACUUUUUUUUUAUAAAAAUCUUUUACUUGCCAAACCGUUCUUUAUGCGCUCCGACUAACAACAAUAAAAAUACAACGGAUUUAAAGGAUUUAAAUCCGGAUCUAAUGCAGAUUUAAUUUGCCGUUCGUUAAGCUAUUUAUUAGUUUUUAAUCCAUAAAACCAACAUUAAAACGUUCAAAAUUUUUAUUGUCGAAUGUUUACAAUUUAAUUGAAGAGCACAUGUUUUAUUUUGAACAGAUAAAUAAUAAGUUGCAGCUUGGAACAUUUGGAAAUGAAAGAUUUCUAUGAACAAAACAAAAUGUUUUUAUCUUUUUUAUUAUAAAGAUUUUUAAGAUAGGAAAAUUAGUUAUAUUUAUUUUGAUCUCACUGGUACGGUAACGUGAUUGAUUAUAUUUGCUGGAAUUUAAAAAUAUAAUUCUCUAUGGCAAUAUGAUUCUAUUUAAGAGAUGUUACUUCUAGUUAACUGCUAAGAAUGAAAGUUUGUUAAGAUUUUUUUAUCAUUAUCAUUACAAGCCAGGUGCUUGCAUAAUUUUACCAAUUAUUAUUAUAUUAUUGUAAUUGGAAUAUUUUUACAUUGUACUACAUUAAACAGUUUUUUUUUAUAUAAUAGUGUGAAGCUUUUGCUCUAUUUACUUGUUUUAUAAAGUUAUUUUUGAACAGUAUUUUUGUCUUCCAGAAUAAGAAUUUAUUUCUGAAAAGAUAAAAUAUUUUAAACACUGCCAUAUUUUACAUGUUUCAUUUUAGGUUCUUAGGUGUAUAUAUGCUCUCAAUGUAAGUUAAGACAUGUUUUUCUGAAAUUAAGUGUGAAUGUGUCAAUAAUAAAUUAUCAAAUCAAAAUUUUUGGUGUUUUGUUUAGUAAUAAACUUAUUUUAAAAUGUU